CGAUGAGAUCCAAGACCAAUGAACCAUUGCAAACGAACUACUCAAUCAAUCCUCAAUCAACAUCAAUCCAAACUAAAUACUCUCUCAUCUCACUUUCAAUCAAACCAUCAACUUCAAAAUGCUAUCAAAUCAAUCAAACUCGCUAAAAGUUCAUCAAACUGUCCUUGGAAACCACCUUUCGAAUCUGCCAUCAUCUUCAUCACUCAUCAAUUACCAAAAUCAAUCUCAGAAUUCUCAAAAUCAUCAAAGAUCAUCACUCCAAUCGGUCCAUUAAAAUCUAAUCAACUUUCAUUUCAAGAACUUAUCUCAUUAGAACUUGAUUUAUACAAACUUCAACAACCAUCAGAUCCAACCCUACUUUCUCCUACUCACCGACUACAAAUCAUUUUAUCAAGUUGGCAACUCUUACAUCAUUAUCUUGGGAUCUGUGAUUCUCUUGGUCAACCCAAUCUGAUUUCAAUCAAUCAAGCUAUCCGAAGAUUCUUGAAACCGAUUCAUCUUCACCUUGCUUCAAUCUCACAUCAUCAGUUUAAUUCAUUUCCAUCACAAUCACAUUCUCCAACUAGGAUCUCAAAUUAUCUUCAUAACUAUCUUCAACAUUAUGCUAUCCUUCACGAUCGUCAUCAUUUCAAUCUCCAAUCUCUUAAUCUACACAAAUCCAUCUUGGUUCAAUAUUUACUUAUUGCUCUGGAGAUCAAUCAUAAGCCAUUGAACCAUCAACUCUUGAAAGUCUUGG